AUGAGUGAUUCCACCAUCUCCUUAGAAAUGGAAAAUGGCAGUAGUCCAAAGCAAGAGAGCACUUUCAUCUGUGGGGUUGUUGAGGGUUUUUAUGGCCGUCCAUGGACUCCUGAGCAACGGAAGGAUCUCUUUACUAAACUGAAAAAAUGGGGCAUGAAUGCAUAUCUCUAUGCUCCAAAGGAUGAUUACAAGCAUCGGGCGUACUGGCGGGAGGUGUACACAGUUGAGGAAGGGGAACAUCUUUCCGCUCUGAUAGCAGCUGCCAAGGAGAAUGGCGUAUUGUUUUAUUAUGCACUUUCACCUGGUCUAGAUAUCACAUAUUCAUCAGCAAAGGAAGUGGCCACACUCAAGAGAAAAUUGGAUCAAGUGGCAGAGUUUGGAUGUGAAGCAUUUGCCCUUCUCUUUGAUGACAUUUUGCCUGAGAUGAGUGAAGCAGACAAGGAGGUAUUUCAGUCCUUUGCACAUGCCCAGGUAUCAGUGACUAAUGAGGUUCAUCAACAUACAGGGUGCAAGCACUUCAUGUUCUGCCCAACCCAGUAUUGCAGUUCACGGGCUGUUCCUGAUGUUCCCAACUCAGAGUAUCUCACCACCAUUGGGUCCAAGCUAGAACGCAGCAUUGACAUCAUGUGGACUGGUCCCAAGGUCAUCUCAAAGGUUAUAUCUAUAUCUGGAAUUCAACAGCUGUCGGAGGUCUUGCGUCGCCCACCAGUCAUAUGGGACAACCUCCAUGCCAAUGACUAUGAUCAGAAGCGUGUGUUUCUCGGUCCGUACUCUGGACGCUCGCCUGGACUCAUUCCGCAUCUGCGGGGUGUCAUGACCAACCCAAAUUGUGAAUAUGAGUGCAACUUUGUUGGGAUCCAUACUCUGGGCCAGUGGUCUCACUGCACUGAAGAACUUGGAGACUCUGGAGUGCAGAAAUCUAAUGAUGCUGUGUUGGAAUCUGAGAAUGAGCAGGAUGUAGAACCAAGUUCAGUUCCAAGUCAUGUGUAUUGUCCACGUAAGGCCCUUAGAAUUGCAUUGGAAGAAUGGCUAGAUGAAUUCAAGAAGGCAAGAGCCAUGUUAGGCAGUAUUGCCAAGCCCCAGGUCACAACUACUGUACCAGUUGUUCCUGCUGUCAAUGCCAUCCCAGUCAACAUAAACUUCAUUCCCCCAGCAUCAGCUGCUCUUACAACAGUGACAGGUAUCACACUCCCUCCUCCAAUACCAGUUGGCUCUGUGAAUCAAGCACCAAAUACCCUGACAACUGAGGUGACCACUCCAUCUAUAUUGCAACCAGUUUUAAGUGUCCCUAUGAUGAAUUCCUUGGCAGCAGAUGACAAAGUAGUAGUUGUCAAGAAUUUGACACAUUCAGUGAAGGAAGAUGGAAGUGAUGAACCUAUGGAGUCAGACAAGGCAAGUGACAUAUUAGAAAAGGAGGAUGCAGACAUGGUAGCAAAUAAGGAGGAUCAGGAGAUGGUGGUAGAGGAUGAGAGCAAGUGUGAUAUUGUAUUUGAAGAUCUGACUCUCCUUGCUGAUUUGUUCUACCUUCCAUUUGAGCAUGGCAUUCAAGGUCUGGCCCUACUGAAUGAAUUCCAUUGGCUCAAGAUGAAUGCAAGUCUGACAUCACAGCAACCUGGUGCAGACGAGAUCUUGACAGAUGCCGAGGAGUGGUACCGCCGUGCAGCAAAAUUUGAUGCCAAGGUUCGACAUGUGGAAAACUUUCUUCACCAUCUCGUCAGCAUUCCCAACCGGUCUCUCCUAUAUGAUAUGUAUCCAUAUAUCUGGGACAUUCGGGGUGUGAUUUCCCUCCUCAAUACCUAUAUCAAGUGGCUGGGAUAUGUGAAGCUACCAGAGAAUUACACAAGUUAUGUCACUGGUGUGCACACUUGGUUUGCUAAAGGCUGGAAAGAGGCAUUCAUGAGUGGGGAUCAGGAACCGUGGGUGUUCAGAGGGGGAUUGACUGCUGACCUUCAGCGGCUCAUCCCUGUUGAUUCCCCUAAUGACUUGUUCUUGUAUCGUGGACCAGAUUUUCCUGAGCCACAUCUAUUCUUCAUCCGGCCAUAUGAGUCUCAUGAUGAACCUGCUGCUUAUGCUGUUUGUCGAAAGACAUGCAAUGAUGGCAUGGAGCUACCACCUGAAUUUGAGGAGAUGCCCAACAUGAUGCCUGAGAAGUUGAUUGGAGCAUUUCUGGCCUUUUCCCCAGAGACAUGUUUUGUUGUCUAUGAUGAGACCGAUGCUGUUGUUGGUUAUGGAGUUGCUGUGCUCAGAGCAGACAAGUUUCAUUCACAUCUGAAAAAUGUAUGGUUUCCGGAACUUCGCUCACGAUAUUCCAAACCAGAAAAGCAGUCUCCAGAUGACAUGGUGUCUCCUCUGGAGGAAGCAUUGAUUCAGCUCCAUUCAGAUCUGCCAGAACUCCCACCAGCACUACUGACACACCAUGCAUCUGUGAUUAGAGUGGGUCUGCUCACGUCAGUGACAGAUCCCAGCAUCCCCAAGCGCCUGAUGACAUGUGUGCUGUCGGCACUGCGUACAUUUGGGUCGUUCGGUGCCUUUACGAUGGUCCGCUCCACUGAGCAGUACUUCUUGAGCUUCUACAAUAAGUUGGGGUUCCUGGAAGUCCCAAAUUUGGAGGUGGACACAAGGCACAUCUUCCUAGGCCGAACCUUCUGA